AUGUUCGACAUCAUCUCGCUAAUCCAUUUUGGAAGCAGUAAUGCAGUGAAAAACAGCAUCUCAGGGGAUCUGCACGUGUACAUGUCCAAGAGGAGGCAAAACGGAAAGGAUUUCUCCUCCCCCCUUAUGCACCUCCAAGCGAAUGAAGCAGAAAGAAAUGAGAACAACGCUUCGACCGUUCUGUUGAACAACUGUGCUGACGAUUACAAGUGGGUAAAAUGUUUUUGCUUCGUUAAGUCCAAUUUUUUUUAUGUGUAUAAAGAGAGGGGGGAUUACCGGCCGUCUAUUAUUUUCCUCUUAGAAGGGAGCGAAGUGCAGGUGGUCGAUUAUUACAUUGCCGUGAAAAAUAAGAUAAUUGAAGAAACGAAGGACCUGCAGCUGGGGGAAAACCAAGACGUCAUUCACAUCAAAGCGGCGCCAUUCGGAGCCGGCCACACGUACACGUUUUACUCCACAGAUAAGGGAGUGAUAAAAAAAUGGACGAGGUCCCUGAGGAACGCGAACUUCUCCGCCAUCAAUAACAAUGCCAAAUUUAUAAGCGAAGAAAAUGAGGAGAUGAAACUGAGCAUGGACAAUAUGAAGCAGCUGAGCGAGAUAGAGCUGAAGAAUAAGGACAUCGAAAUAGCUGCUCUGCGGGAGAGGAUAAACAGUUUGAAGGCCGACAUAGAAAACAUCCGGACGAAGAACAAGCGCCUGCAAAUAGCGGCAGACGUGAACAUAAAAAGCGCGGACGAACUGCUGCAGAAGAAAAUUACCGAAAUUGAGUUCAUUCACAGCGAAAUGGAGAUCAAAAUGGAGGAAAUCGAACAGCUGAAGGACAAAGUAAGAAGCGCUGCCGCCGAAUCGGAGAAGAAAUCCAAGCUGGUGAACCAGCUGCGGGAGGAAAGAGACCUGCUGGAGAAGAGGCUGAAGGAAAUCAUGGCGACGUACGAAGAGGCCUGCACGGAGCCAGAAAAAAUAACCCUAGUGAAUUUUAACACCAACGAAAGGUACCAAAAGUUAGUGGUGAGCCACAAGCACCUGAAAGAAGAUAUUCACAAAAUGAACGAGCGAUUUUACAAACUAGAAAAUGCAUAUAAAGAAAAAAUCAAAACGAUAAAAGAGGUAGUAGAAAUAGGAGACAUCUUUGACUACCUCCACAAGCUAAUCAUCCUGUGCCAAACGAAGAUCAAAUUUUACGAGCAAUGCUAUAAGUACAAUGAGGAGCAACAGAAGGAGAUGACCAAAUUGAUAACAUACAUGAUUAAUGAGACGAAAUUGGCGGAGGCAAAUGCAAGGGUUUGUUACAUUACCCAUAGGUCUAGAAUUCUAGAGGAGAGACUACUCCAUUACAUGAACAUGAAGGAGCCAUCUGAUUAUUUCCACUUUGCAUGCACCACUUUAAGGAGACUAAGUUGGGUGUUUGGCGAAAUAGAAGUGUUAAAACCGAUGCGAGUAGCUGACGAAAGUGAGCAGGAGUACCCCCUGUAUUCUUACGUAGACGACAUGAACACCAUCCCAAUGAGAGAGAAAAUCUAUUUCAAUGAGGGUCUGGAAGGAAGGUCCAAUUACCAAAUAGUAAACGACGUAGAUGUGUAUGCCAUCCCUGUGAGGAUGUGCCCCUACGAGGAUAAAGUCCUCACGGAAAAUAAAUACAACUACGUAAGGAUAAAGCUAAACGAUCUGAAGAAAGACUUCAACAUUGUUAAACGGAAGAACAAGCCGCAAAGCAGGCACGUCUUGUCCGACCUGCAGUGGGCAGAGAUCAAGCGGAACGCCUACGACCGGAUGGAGAGGAAUAUGAUCAUUCUGGACAUGCAGGUGGAGGCGGCGGGGGUGAGGGAGCGUGAGGGGAGAGCUGGCUGAGCUGUGCCAGAAGUGUCUAGCGAGGGUUAAUCAAAUUGUAUGGUCAGAAAGGGAAGAACUAUACUAGGUUGAGGGGGAG